GCCCUUCUGCUGACGGUGUUUUCUCGUUGACUCCGGCAGCGAGCGGAGGCGGGAGCCAUGGAGAUGCAGUCGUACUACACCAAGCUUUUGGGGGAGCUCAACGAGCAGCGCAAGAGGGACUUCUUCUGCGACUGCAGCAUUAUCGUGGAGGGGAGGAUCUUCAAAGCGCACAAAAACAUUUUGUUCGCCAACAGCGGUUAUUUCCGAGCCCUGCUGAUUCACUACAUCCAAGACAGCGGCCGCCACAGCACCGCCUCUCUGGACAUUGUCACCUCGGAGGCCUUCUCCAUCAUCCUAGAUUUCCUUUAUUCCGGGAAGCUAGAUCUCUGUGGGGAAAAUGUUAUCGAGGUGAUGUCUGCGGCUAGCUAUUUGCAGAUGACCGAUGUGGUCAACUUCUGCAAAACAUAUAUAAGGUCGUCGUUAGAUAUUUGCAGGAAAAUAGAGAGAGAAGCUGCUUUCUAUCAGGCUGAUAGCGGGAGCGCUAGUUCUGCAAGAGAGGGCACCUCGUACAGCUCAAAGAGCCAGUGCUCUGCCUCUGUCUCCUCCCUGCAGGAGAAGGAAAGGAUUUCGGAUUGCCAGAGAGAUCCUCCCUGCGGCGAAUGCAGCAGCUGCCAUCCCCUGGAGCUCGUAGUCAGGGACCCUGUAAGCAGCGACUCUCCAGAGGACGUUAAUUCUUCGCUGCCCAAGGGGGUGGAACCCAAAGUAGAGUUUGACUCGGAUGAAGUAGAAGUAGAAGUGGGUGAACGGCUGCCGCAGUAUCCCACUCCGUUGUCCCUCGAGCAGAUGGAAGAGGGGCUGCACGGCGGGCAGGCGAUGGACCUGGCCUGCAAUAACUAUCACAUGAAACAAUUCCUAGAGGCUCUGUUGCGCAACAGCUCAGCUCAGAGAAAGGAUGAUGUGGUUCACCACUUUGUCCGGGGCUUUGAGGGUAGGCCAGAGGAUGCAGGGGUAGCCAUGAGUUCCAUGAUGGACAUUCACAGCGACUGGUAUGGUGAGGACACAGGUGAUGUAUUAGUUGUGCCAAUCAAGCUUCACAAAUGUCCGUUCUGUCCCUACACGGCCAAACAGAAAGGAAUUCUAAAACGGCACAUUCGCUCUCACACAGGUGAGAGACCUUACCCCUGUGAGACGUGUGGGAAACGUUUCACUCGGCAGGAACACCUUCGGAGUCAUGCUUUAAGUGUGCAUCGAUCAAACAAGCCAAUUAUCUGUAAAGGCUGCAGGAGAACAUUCACCAGCAGCCUGUCUCAAGGAUUACGACGCUUUGGCUUGUGUGACAGCUGUACCUGUGUGACCACUACCCACGAGGACUCGAUGCCCAUUAACCUCAGCGUAAUGGAACCCUCGUCAGAAGGCCAGGAGAAGGGUGACACUGAUAACGACUGGCCCAUCUACGUGGAGUCUGGAGAGGAAAACGAUCCAGCUGAUGAUGAUGAUGGUGAUGACAAGCAGGAAAUCCACAGGAGCUUAUCAGACCGAGAAACACUGAUGUAGCAGUGAGAGGAGAGUGGGAGCGUUUAAAGCGUCUCCCUGACAGUCUGCAACAGAAAACUGCUUAUUUGCCCUAUUAGUGAGACUGUGCUGGUUUUUAUUAUUCCAUUUUUUUACUGGAAGAGCGGGGAGAAUUGGAUUUUUUAAUACUUUUCAGUGCUGUGCACCAGAAAUCUGUGAAGAAUCUUCUGUCUGGGGUUCACAGAGGUUGGACUUGAGCAAUUUCCAGUGGUGUCUCUGCCUCCUAGUUUUGAUUUUGCAGGUGGAACAUCUCUGUGUUGUUUUGAUAACAGGUUUCUUCAGAUAAUGCUGUCGUGGUCCUUAUUCCCUGAUCUGAUAGGGGCACCGUCUUCUCUCUGAAGAUUACAUUAAAAGAAAUGUAGUUUUCAUCCAUUACCUUGGACUUUUCUAAACUAAGUCGUGAUCCUUCUGUAUUAGGACAGUAUUAUCUAAAUUGUAAACCUUAAGUGUUUGCUUAGACUGGAUUUGACCUGGAAACCAGGGAAGACAAAUCAGGAUAGCAAAAAUAAUGCUGCUACUGGAAGCACAGACAGUAAGAAUAAAUAUAUUUCAUGUGUCCUUAAUUGCAGGUAUUUAGAGAACCAGCUUCUCUUUCUGAAUUGUUUUUACUGCAUCUUCCUCCCUCAAGAGCUCAGACUACAGAUCUUCAGACGUGUCUUUAAUGUCAUUUAGACAUUAGUAGUCUUGGCUUAAGAGAUAUUAAGCACACAUUAGGGUGUCCUGUUCUCUCAGUUUAGACUAAGCGAACUGCCCGGUUUUCUUCAGCUUUUUACAGUUAAAAGCUGUCAAUCAGGUUACUUGGGCAUUCUGAUUCUGGUAGAUUAAAUAGCCAGAUUCACAGCUGAUGUAGCCAAGGAGCAGUUAAAUAUUUUAAAUAUCUGAGCUAUGCAUAUAAACCAGCUCUGAAUACCCUUUUUGAAGCAAUUGAUUAGGAGAUCUCAGAAAUUUUUACUAGCCUCUUUGUAUGCAAUCCCUUUUCUUUUUCUUUUGCUAUAUUUUAGUCUUUGAUGAUCCUUCUCAUGGUUUAUGUUGUUGUGUGAAUUUAUUCAAGUACUGUUUUGGUUUUUUGGGGUUGUUUUUUUUUUAAGCUUCACUGUGGACCUCAUGUUUCUUUGCUGGGAUAGAUAAAGGUUGGCUUUCAAAGGAGGUGAGGAUUUUUUUUUUUUUACCUUUCCAGUAGUAAGUUGAUAGAAAUUAUCAAAAAUCAAGCUGGGAAGCUUUAGAAGAAAACACACCGCCAACAGAAAGCCUGUUUGUUUAUGGGUAACCUACUGUUUCCUAACGAAGAGACAAAACUGAAAUAUACUGUGAAAUAAGACUGUUAAUGCUUCUUUACUAUGUUGUUCAUAAGUGUUUCAUGAAAAGGCAGAUUGUAAUGAGUCUUUCUUUCUAGCUGGAGUAAGUGCUGGAUCAGAAGCCUGUAGGCAGACGUGGCUGACAAUGAGCAGUUCCUCCCACUUCACGAGACAGUGCUUCUUGAGCCUUGCAGUGUAGACUUAACACUUGGCAAACGUUUAGAUGGAACCUAAAAAAACGAAGAGCCCUCUGAUUUAACCAAUUGGGGUGGUU